GGCAACUCAAGCUGAGCUGCGAGUCCUCACAGGGUCCUGACAUCUGUCGUCAACAAGGACAUGAGAGGAGACGACCAUGUGGCAGUUCUCUGCUCUACUCCUAUUCUUCCUCCCAGGCUGCUGCACGGCUCAGGAUUCAGUCACAGGUCCAGAGGAGGUGAGCGGUCAGGAGCAGGGCUCCUUGACAGUGCAGUGCAGAUAUUCCUCAUACUGGAAGGGUUACAAGAAGUACUGGUGCCGAGGAGUUCCUCAGAGAUCAUGUGAUAUUCUUGUUGAAACCGAUAAAUCAGAGCAGCUGGUGAAGAAGAACCGUGUGUCCAUCAGGGACAACCAGAGAGACUUCAUCUUCACAGUGACCAUGGAGGAUCUGAGGAUGAGCGAUGCUGGCAUUUACUGGUGUGGAAUUACGAAAGGUGGACCUGAUCCCAUGUUUAAAGUUAAUGUGAACAUUGACCAAGCCCCAAAAAGUUCAAUGAUGACCACCACAGCCACAGUUCUGAAAUCCAUACAACCAAGCGCUGAGAACACUGGCAAGGAACAAGUGACUCAGAGCAAAGAAGUGACUCAGAGCAGGCCCCACACCAGGUCCCUGCUGAGCAGCAUCUACUUCCUGCUGAUGGUCUUUGUGGAGUUACCCCUGCUCCUGAGCAUGCUCAGUGCUGUCCUCUGGGUGACCAGGCCUCAGAGAUGCUUUGGGAGAGGUGAAAAUGACCUGGUGAAGACCCAUAGUCCUGUUGCCUAGGAUAGAGAGAAACAGUUCCCAAGAAAUGGAAAAUAAUCUCUGUCUCUCUGUUGUCUCUGUCUCUGUCUCUGGGGUGUAUGUAUGUGUGUGCAUGCACCUUGCCGGGGCAGAUGUGUAUGUGGGAGACAUCUACUGGAAUCAUUCCCUUAGUAUCUGAGACAGGGUUUCUAAUUGACCAGCACCUUUGUGUGGUAGGUCAGACAGCUGGCCAGGGAACUCCAGGGAUCUCCCUGCCUCUACCAUCCAUCCUGAGAUUGCAAGCAUACACGAGUGCCCUAGCUUAAAAACAAACAAACAAACAAACACCUUAGGUUGUAGGGAUUGAACUCAUGUCCUUGUACCUGCAAGGAAGGUAGGCGAUUUACCUGCUGAGCCAUCUCCCCAAUCUGGAGAAGACUCAAUCUAGUAAAGAACAACUCAUCAGCAGUACCAUGGCUCUGAUGUGCUGCACAACCAGACUCAGACUAAUCCCACUCCUAUAGCAGGGACAGCUGAGUUCUGGAACCCAUUCAUGUGCCCCUCUCUCAGGACAUCCUGCAAUACCUAUCUGGGGCUAUCUUCCACUGAUGACUUCCAAAGAAGAAAAUACAAGAAAACAUCACAUUUCUUCUUAGUGUACUAGUUCCUUAGAGGACACAUGCCAAUAUAAGACUGCGGGCCACCAGCCAGUUGAUUGACCAAAUAUCUCGGUGAUGUGGCCUCACCAAGUAGCAUAAAGUUUGCCACUGUCACACUAGCUAUCUGUCCCUUAUUGGCAGGACACACCCUGCUUUCUUUUUUCUCAACACAGCCCAGUGACUAAGCCCAUUGCAAACCCAGAUGGAGUAGUUGACCUAAGCUUUGUACCACCUGCUCAGGUCUUCAAGUAGUAGUUAAGCCUUGGUCCCUGAAAUCUAGAUUGCUCAGUGAGACCAAAUGGGGAGGUCAACUGCAGGAAUCAGCUGAUCUCACAGGAGUCACGAACCCACAUCACCCCCAAACCCUUCCAGGAAUGGUCUCUUCACCAGGCCCUUCCACUCUCUCCCUUUUACUCAGACAAAUCUAUUGAAUGUCUAAGUAGUUAUCACUCUCCACAUACAUGCUCCAAAAUAAGACAGACCCAAUUAAAGUCCAUAGAGAAGGCCAAUGGGAUCAAAGGUAAAUACUCAGGGGAAAUGAGUAGUCUCAGCCCACCAGUCUCAGACAUCCUGAGUUCUGCACCAUGACACAGUCUUCUUCUUGAGUGGGGCUCUGACACCCACAGCCAAAUUCACAACUAACAUGGGUGUUCUCCAACUUUGUGGAAGAAGAGUCCCCAGGUUAGCAUCUUCUCAGUGAUGACAUGUGUUGGACUCUAGUGAGCUUGCCUCUUGUUAAGAGGAUGGUUUUCAUUUGCUUCAGGGGUAUACCUGCCAGUCAGUCAGCCACAUUCCCACUCAUGCUCAGACCAACAAUCAUGGUUAAACUCUGUGGGACACACACACACACACACACACACACACACACACACACACACGACAUAUAAUCAGGAGAGGGACUCAUUAGAGCCUGUAGGUCAGGCAGUGGUAGCACAUGCCUUUAAUCUCAACACUCAGGAGGCAGAGGCAGGUGGAUUUCUGAGUUCUAGGUCAGUCUGCUUUACAGAGUGAGUUCUAGGACUACACAGAGAAAUCCAAAAAAACAAGGCUACACAGAGAAACCAUGUCCUGGGGUAAAAAA